CGAUAACUACUUCUUUGAUAGAUACCCAUUUUUAGCUCUCUUCUCUCUCUCUCUUUCCUCUCUCCUCUCUCCUCUCUCCUCUCUCCUCUCUCCAGAAGGGCAAAACCCUAAAGAACCGUUUACACCCACCCAAUUCUCAUGGAUGAUGAUGCAUUGAACAUGCGCAAUUGGGGAUAUUAUGAGCCGUCCUUCAAAGGUCAUCUUGGCCUGCAGCUCAUGUCCACUAUGUCUGAGCGGGAUAUAAAACACUACUUACCAGGCCGUGAUCCUUCUGUUAUGGUUAAUGCUAAUGGAUCGUUUCAUCCUCGGGAUUGCGUCGUUUCUGAAGCACCGGUACAUAUGAACUAUGUGAGGGACAAUUGGGGAGGUAACCCCAGAGAUAGGUUUCUUAAUAUGUUACCUGCCAAUCACAAUUACCCUGUUAUUCCAGAGACUUCAGGAGCUCACUCCUUGCAGAUCUUGCAACCACCCUCUUCUUCUAGAGAUGAAAUGGCAGGAAGUAGAGUUGAAGAGCCUCCAGUGAAGAAGGAAGGUGGGAAAGCAAAGAAAAGACAGAGUAAUGAGGCUGGCCCCAAAACCCCCAAAGCUAAAAAACCGAGGAAACCAAAAGAUACUAGCACUGCUGCUGUGCAGCGUGUGAAACCACCAAAGAAGAACAUUGAUCUUGUUAUAAAUGGGAUUGAUAUGGACAUUUCAGGUAUUCCAAUCCCUGUCUGCUCCUGCACUGGAGCUCCUCAUCAAUGUUACAGAUGGGGAUGUGGUGGUUGGCAGUCUGCUUGUUGCACUACCAAUAUAUCAACUUAUCCUUUGCCCAUGAGUGACAAAAGACGUGGUGCGAGGAUAGCUGGGAGAAAAAUGAGUCAGGGUGCGUUUAAGAAGGUACUCGAGAAACUAGCAGCUGAUGGCUAUAAUUUUGCGAACCCAAUCGAUUUGAGGACUCACUGGGCGAGACAUGGUACCAAUAAGUUCGUCACAAUCAGGUAGAGACUAAUUCUGUUGGUAAGUUCAUGGUUACGUCGUCUGCUUGAAUUGUGUAUACUUCUGCAGAGCUCUGGUAGUUUGUAGUUCAUGAAUUUUAUUAACAUGUCAUAAUUGUUUACAAUAUUUGGACACUGAAGUUCUUUUAUUUAUUUUCCCUUAGCUUAUGUGAUACGUGCGAGCAAACCAAGGAAUUUAUCUGGAUGAAAUUCCAUUUAUUUGA